UAUGCACCUUGAAUACGAUCGAAUUGCGAGAGCGGAGACAAUUUCCCCGCCAUAUGGAGCAUACUUUCGUGAGAACUCGUUACAGUACAUGCCAAAUUACUUCUCUUUUCUUUCCGCAGUCCAUAUAUAAGUGACAUACUCAACAUUUCCUCGUUCUACAGCUAGAAAGAUUGAUUUUUUCGCCAUUUCCAAUUGCACUUCUUUGUGGAUUUUCUGAGGCUCUAGAACGCGCCCCACGCGCGUAGGAAAAAAGGAGGAAUCCCGGCGGAGUUCGUUUCUCUCCCGGCCGAGCGCUACCGGCGAUCCUGCCGCUGCGUUCCGGCCCGGGAGAGGAUGCCGGUGAUGAUUGGUGGAAGGCCCUUAGUGCAGAGAUGCGGUCCAGAGGAGGAGGAGGAGGAGGAGGGUGGGCUCUUGAGUUCGGGUUGGGCGGAUCGGUCUCGAUCUGGCCUUCUGGGUUCAGGGGCGACGACGGCCGAGUUAUUGCGGCGGUUUGGUUCUUUCCGGCGGAGGGACUCGGAGUCAUCGCCUAGGCGGGCUGCAUCAUGGUGGCGGCGGUCAAAUCGCGGCAGAAGGGUUCCCUGUAGGGAGCUGUUUCUAUCGUGCGUUUGGAUCUGGGUGGGAUUGUCAACAGGAUGUAGAUUCUGUUUGCAACUUGGCAUGGUGGAGUGGCGAUGGCAGGCAACGGCGAGGCAGUGGGGUGAUGACGAUGGUGGUUGCCGGCGGGGGGAAUGGUUGUCUGCGGUGAUUGGGUGUUGUUGGGGAAAGAGGGCUCUGGGCCGGGCCCCUGUCUUUGGGCUUUGUUGUUGUGUGGUUUUAAUUAGGGUUUGUAGUUUGGUUUUGGUUAGGGUUUUUAGUUUGGUUUUGGUCAGGGUUUUUAGUUUGGUUUGUUUAGGUUUAAUAAGUCCCUACUCUUUUGAGCUAGGGUUGGUUUCCUACUCUCUUGAGCUAGGAAUUGGUGUAGGUGUUAAGCCAUGUAAAUGGUGUCAUUCCCGAGGACGAGGACGAUUUUGUUCAACUCUGGUUUACUUUUGUUGUCGAUUUGCUGAUAAGCGAUCCUUUACACGUGGUCUAGCACCUUCGGACACGAUGUUGAAGAGGACGCUGUCUUCUUCGCAGUUGAUUACAAGGUUUUACUGGAAUUUUCGGGUUUAUCUGUUCAACGUAGCCUUGGAAAUAGGCGUUUGGUGGUUAGAGUUUGGUGGCCUAAUGGUCUCUGUAACCGCGGUUUCUUGGGGUUUUGGUUCAUGUCCCCCCAAUGUAAGCUUUGUUGAUUAAUGGU